AUGUCUGACGAAAUUACACACGAGACCAUCAAGGAUGGAUGGUUCCGAGAGAUCUCCGACAUGUGGCCUGGCCAGGCCAUGACCCUCAAGGUCGAAAAGGUGCUCCACCAUGAGAAGAGCAAGUACCAGGAUGUCCUGAUCUUCAAGUCGACCGACUACGGCCACGUCCUCGUCCUCGACAACGUCAUCCAGGCCACUGAGCGUGACGAGUUCUCGUACCAGGAGAUGAUCACCCACCUGGCCAUGCACUCACACCCCAACCCCAAGAAGGUGCUCGUCAUCGGCGGCGGCGACGGCGGCGUCCUCCGCGAGGUCGUCAAGCACGACUGCGUCGAGGAGGCUAUCCUCUGCGACAUUGACGAGGCCGUCAUCCGCCUCUCCAAGCAGUACCUCCCCCACAUGUCGGCCGGCCUCACCCACCCCAAGGCCACCGUCCACAUCGGCGACGGCUUCAAGUUCCUCGACGAUUACAAGAACACAUUUGACGUCAUCAUCACCGACUCCUCCGACCCCGAGGGCCCCGCCGAGUCCCUCUUCCAGAAGCCCUACUUCCAGCUCCUCCACGACGCCCUCCGCGACGGAGGCGUCAUCACCACACAAGGUUCCGAGAACCAGUGGCUCCACCUCCCUCUCAUUGCCCGCCUCAAGAAGGACUGCAAGGAAAUCUUCCCCGUCGCCGAGUACGCCUACACGACCAUCCCCACCUACCCCUCGGGCCAGAUUGGCUUCAUGGUCUGCUGCAAGGACGCCAACCGCAACGUCCGCGAGCCCGUCCGCACUUGGACUACCGAGGAGGAGUCCGAGAAGUGCCGCUACUACAACGCCGACAUCCACAAGGCCAGCUUCAUCCUGCCCACCUUUGCCAAGAAGGCCCUCGAGUAA